AUGGACUUGACCAAUCUACGCGAGAGCCUGGAGACGUCUGCCGACCAGCCACACGAUGCGCUGCGUCGGACUCACGAUGAGAAACUCACUGCCGAGUUUCGAGUCGCCGCUUUGCAAUUGACCAACCUAUACAAAAAAGGCCUGGAAAAUACCCACAAAUCGUUCCAGUCCGGCUAUGCGCAAGCAUUGCGCGAUACGCUGGAGUAUGUGCACCGUCCUGGUGCAUCGAGCGUCGACUCGCACGUCGAGCGCUACCUGACUGCGCGUCUCGAGACGCUGCACCACGAUAAUGACCACGAAGAUAAUGAGCCGCGCCCCACACCGACCCCCCAACCCAUCCGCCGCCUGCCGCGGCACACGACGGACGCUGCAGCCGCUGCACGCGCUGCGCCGUCGCCUACGCGCCCCAGCCGCGGCGAGUCGCGUGCCGGGGCCAAGUCGCGCUCCGACGAGCCUAAGCUCUCGCGCCGCGAACUGCUCGCGGCCGCGAGCGAUUCUGACACGCCGCCCUCGGAUGCGGAUCAUGCGCGCACACGUGCCGAACGCCCCCGCAAGCGCCGUCGUAACCUGCAGCGCCGUCGUUCGGAUGCGCCUGCGGAGCCUAGCGCGUAA